AUGGAGAUUCGGAAUCCUUCCUUCGGCAACCUGAACACUGCCCGUGCUGGAACGCGGCAACGCACGCUCUCCGAUCCAUCCGAAGCUUCACGGAGAUCUGAACUAUCCGAUGAACUUUUUGCCUUGUCACCAAUUAACACCCCUAGAAACGAGCAGCCCCAGUUCUCAGCAGCCACGGGCCCCAGAUAUUCCGGGCCUGCCUCAAUCACCCGGAAAGCCACUUCGCCUUUCACACACGCGGAAGCUAAGCCGAUACCGAUCGUGCUCCCCCGGAGAAGGGUUGAUCUCACAUCUAAAGCUGCAGUUACCCCGGACCCUCCGCUGUCGGCGAGGGGAGACAUCCCUGGGGCAUACUUCCCCCUCCACGAAGAUCCAAGAUCGCGCGUCAAAAUACCCCACCCGUUUCGUGAAGGUGCAACAACUCCUCACGGCGAGUCUGCGAGCCAUGCCCCGGUAGAGAGAAACACAGCCCCUGACUUGGAGGAAGGCGAGUCGCCCAUGACAGUCACGCCGACCGGGUCCCCUCAAUUCCCUUUUCCAAGCUCCAUUGGCGCAUUUCCGCCCCCGACACCCAGUCCAACCACUCUUCCGGCCAGCGGAGACCUCUUGGAGCGGCGCUACGGUUGGCCGGCAGCACCAUCAUUGAUCACAUCACAUCCUGCCGGCAGCGACCGCCCCCAGACCAUGCGGCAGUCCAGGUCCGACGCCCGCCACCGCCUGCUCCAAUACCAGCGGGACAUGGUCACGCAAAUGUCGAUGGCCGCACAGGUGGCUCUGACCCGAGCCGACACAACCAAAACUCGGAUAGAGACAGGGCGAGCCGACGGCGAGACUUCUGACGUCGGCAACGCGCUCAUUGUGGCUCGGGCCCGCUUGACAGCUGCGUCAGUUGUAAGGCCAGAUUCGCCGCAGCUCAGACCGCUCAGCAGCCCCGGGCCGGUGACGCCAAUUUCACUUGCACCGAGCCCCGCUGACACUUAA